UAUCUAUCAAUCUAUUCAAUUUACGCCCACUUGUUCUCGUGGGCUUCUUUCUGCGAAACUGCUUCUUCCUUUGAAACUCUCUUCCUUUCCUAGACCCAGACAAAUAAGCUUCUAUUCUUCCACCUUUCCGCAGCAUCACGACGUGGUUCAAGUAGUUAGUGCUCUCAAGUCGUUUUCUUUUGCAGGUGUCAUGGCAGCAACUCCAACUCCCAACAACUGGGUUUAGUUGCAGAUGGGGUCUGCUUGCGUAUAUGGCUUAUUUGUUUAUGAAGGAAAAGUCAAAACUUGCAAAACUUGCAAAGGUGUGAACAGAGGCAUGGAAGAUAACGUUCUAUAUAUUAUAAAUGCAACGGAAAGAUACAGAUAAUGGACCAUUGCUUGGGAAACACAUCCGGGUAGAUAUCUAUAAGAGGUCUACACUGGGGGAAAGCUCAUUUGAAUUAUGGAUUUUACCGGUGAAGGACAUACCAGGCCGAAGUUCAUAUUGGGAAUAACAGAGGAGAUGAACCUUGGGCUUGGGUUCAGAGAGAGGGAGAGAGAAAAUGGGGAAGAAACUUUUCUUCCAGAGGAAGAGUGGCCAUCACCGACAAAAGAAGAUGAAGGAGGUGCAGUUUUUUCUCACCUCGGCUAAACUUGGCAGCAGAAGCCCCAAUUGCAACAACAUCAACAAGGAAGUCAACCCUGUUGAUGUUGCUUCUCCAUUUGUGAAUGGAGGACUGUGCUGUAAGGGAAAGAAGAAAGUCGGUGGGGCACGACUCUGGAUGCGUUUUGACCGCUUCGGCCAAUCUGAACUCCUUGAACUUGACAAGAGUGCCAUCAUUCAACGUGUGUCGAUCCCUGCGAGGGAUUUGAGGAUCCUUGGCCCAGUCUUGUCUCACUCUUCAAACAUUCUAACCAGAGAGAAAGCCACAGUUCUGAAUUUAGAUUUUAUCAAGGCCAUAGUUACUGCUGAGGAAGUUCUACUGCCAGAUCCUCUAAACCAGGAAGUCAUUCCAUUUGUGGAUCAACUGAAGCAACAACUGCCUUAUAAAAGCCCAAUUGACAUUCAAGAUGCUGAUGGAGUAGAUGAAGGUCUGCAGCGUGAACUACCAUUCGAAUUCCAAGUUCUGGAAAUUGCAUUGGAGGUUGUUUGUACACAUUUGGAUAAUAGUGUGACAGAGCUUGAGAGAGAUGCUUACACCAUCUUGGAUGAACUAACCAGGAAUGUUAGCACUAAGAAUCUUAAAUAUGUCCGAAGUUUGAAAAGCCAUCUCACUUGUUUGCUUGCACGUGUACAGAAGGUUAGGAAUGAAAUUGAACAUAUUUUAGAUGAUGAUGAACAUUUAGCGCAGUUACAUUUAACAAGGAAGCAGAAACAACAUGAAGCACUGUUGGGAGGAACUGGUUCAAAUAGCAUCGCCACUUUUGGACCUAAUGUUUCAAGAAUUAAUUCUAAUAUGAGUGCAAGUUUAAUCACUGGAAACCGUUCAGGUGACCAUGAUCUGGAGGAUUUACUUGAGGCUUAUUUCAUGCAACUGGAUCGGACUCGUAACCAUUUAUUGUCGGUGCGAGAAUACAUUGAUGACACAGAGGACUAUGUGGGCAUUCAACUUAACAACCAGAGAAACAAUCUGAUUCAGCUUCAGUUGAUUCUUAGCAUGGCAUCAGUCGCCUAUUCUGUUGAUGUCCUGGUAAUUGGGAUUUUCAGUGUAAACAUUCCUUGUUCACUGUACAAUGUCUAUGGCAUCUUUGGGCAAUUUGUUGCAGGCUUGCUUGGGGCUGGUUUCUUGAUUUUUUUUCUCCUCCUGGGGUACGCCAGAUGGAAGAAGCUGCUUGGCUCGUAAACUACUCAGCAUUCAUUCUCAGAGCCCUCAUAUCAGCUUAAUAUUAUUGAUGUGAUCUGUUGGGAACUGCCAGCUGUUAUGUAAGUUCAUCAUUCUGAAGGUUAACAUAUGUAAAUUUCAUAAUGCAACCCAAUAAAUCAUGAGGGACAUUCUGUAAAGCAGAGAAUGCAAAUGUUAUCCAAAAAGAAAAUGGCAUCUGUAUUUAGUGAGAUAUGGUCCUUACAUUGUUGUCUAUGGAAAGCUACAAAUAGAAAUCUAUAGUGACUGAACAAGAGGCUCUCUAUACUUUCUUGUCUCUGGGUUUAUUUUCA